GGGGGCAGUGAUGGCUGAGGAAGGGACUCUAGGAUCAGAAGGAAAACCUUCUCUCUUGAGGGAAAAUGAUUUUUUCCUAAAAAGGCAAGAUUCUUGUUGCCUGCCCUAACUGGUCAGAACCAGGCAGAGGCUGGGGUGACUAGAAGGAGGUGGAUGAAACCAGAUACCAACCCCAGGAUCCUGCCCCUGCCUUUUGGGGACCCCUUAGAGUCAGGGCGUUAAGAACCUCCAUCUACCGUCACCCUUCAAAGAGCAGAGAAAGGAAAUGGCCGGCUUUGACAGUGCGGCGCUGUGGCCACAGGGUGGCAGCAGUGCUUCAGCCGCAGAGGCUGGCUCCAGAAGCCCGGGUGAGGCAGAUCCUGAGCAGGGCUCUCCCGUGAACAUGGGGUUUGUCUACAAAGAUUGGAAGCGAUCCCCACUUUCUGUGAGCUCUGAAACCUUUUAGUCUCCUUCUAUAUCCCACUUUUCUAUCCACAGGCAAAUCCCAGAGGAGUGAUUCCAUUUUUAACCCAAGGCAGACAUCAGCAAGGGUGUGAAUGGUCUGAAUGACCCUGACUGCAGCCAGUCACGAGAGGGACCAGGCUGGGUCAUCCCGGCUCGCUGUAACCCUGUGGCUCUUCCUGCCUUCCCUCUGUUCCAAGACAUAGUGCCUAGACCUCCUUGACAGGACUUCCUCUAUGCUUUUAUUCUCCAAGUUAGGAAAGAGAGGUGAUCAAUUGGAGCUCUCCAACCUGUUGAAGAAUUGGGGGUUCUUGAAGGCCCCCAGGGCCUGGCUCUGACAAAGCGUCUGCAAUUAAAGAUACUUCUUGAGCUCUGGAGACAGGAUUUAUGCAUCUAAUAAAGUCUGUAACUCCAGGCUUAGGGGCUGGAGGCUGGAGGCUGGGAGCAGGAAGUCCCAGGAGUACCAUGGGAGGGGAUCCCAGGUGGCUCCUAAUGGAGCGGUGCCUUUCCAUCGCCUGCUCCAGAUUCCCCCUCAGGCUGCUGCGGGGUGGGGGGACUGGGCCACAACAGAGAUAAGAGGCGCGUAUGGCUGCGGGAAGGCGGACGGCAGCAUGGAGUCCAGGCGAGCCGCAGUGCUGCUGCUGGUGCUGCUGCGAACACACUGGGGCUGUGCCGGGGGACCAGCGCACGGAGGCGAAGGAGACCAGGUCUUCGCGGAGGAAGAUAGCAGACCCCAUCCACUGCAGGAGGCCCAGAUUCCUCUGUCACUCUUGCGCUCCCUACUCCAGGCCAUGCAGAGACCCAGCCGGAGCCCAGCCUUUCUGUUUCAGCCCCAGAGGUUUGGCAGAACCUACCGGGGCUCCUGGAGCAGCAAAGAGCUGAGUCCCCGAGCUGGGGAGGGGUUCAGCUCCCCCUUCUGGAGCCUGGCUGCCCCUCAACGCUUUGGGAAGAAGUGACACGUCAUCCCUUGAUAUGUUUGCAUGCGAGGCUCACAACUAAAAGUGCCAUGCCUCUCCUGGCCACCCCCCGCCCCCAAUAAAGCUGUCUGGCUUCUGAAUCCA